CAAAAAAAAACAGCAAAAUAAAAGAAGAAUUCGGAGAUUUCUCAAAAUGUUCUAAAGAUCUAAAAAUACUCUAAAAACGAAUCAAAACUUAACAUGGUUAUAUGGCGAAACGAUCAUUCAACUUCAGUUAAUCUCAAAUGCUUGUAAACAUUGCUUCACAAUAAAUAUAACCUUAAAACACAUGUACGGUUCAAGUGUAUUUAGAUUAGCUAGAACAAGUAGCGUUCGUUAUUUCAAGAACGGUAGUAAUAAAAAACUGUUGGAAUUUCUAGCCAACAUGCCGAAGGCUAACACUGCGCGGAUAGCGGAGGCGCAGCAGCAGCGACAGACCAUCUCGAAGAAGGGCGAGAAAUACGGCCCUAGCACCGUUUAUUUACAAGUGCUGGGCUCUGGCGCUCGUGGCGUACCUAAUACGCUCUAUCUCUUCACUGAUCAGAAACGGUACCUUUUCAACUGCGGAGAGUGCACCCAAAGAUUGGCACAUGAGCAUAAAGUAAAACUGUCAAGAUUGGAGCAUGUGUUCAUCACAAGUAAAACUUGGAAGAAUAUUGGAGGUCUGCCCGGACUGUCAUUGACGCUGCAGGAUGUUGGGGUCCCAAAGAUCACACUCCAUGGACCUGAGGGUUUGGACGACCUUUACAAUGCGACAAAAAGAUUCGUCAUAAUGAAAGAGAUGCAGGUGACCAUGGCUCCAUGCAGCCCUACAGAAGACUUUGAGGACAGUGUUAUGACCAUCAAAUACGUGCACCUACUGCCGCAACUGACUCUGCUGCCAGAGAUACCCCCGCAGCCGCCCAAGCGCGCCAGGCUCGACGACGUCCCCACGCUCACGUACGACCAGUUCAUACACGACAAAACGGAUUACUAUAAACGCGGGACGGUCGGUGAGGGCGAGGGGCAAUCUAAACGCGGGACGGUGGGUGAGGGCGAGGGAAAAUCGACACCAAGGUCGUCGAGGAGUCCAGAUAAACGACAACGUAAACCACGCCCGCGGCUACAAGAAAGCGAGGCGUCCCUUAUUAGCUAUCGGAGUCGUGAUCGCCGUGACAAGAAAAAAGACGAAUUUAUGAACCUUCAAGUAGUUGCGUACAUUUGUACAUUAAAGAAACGUCUAGGCACGCUAGACUUAGCCAAGUGCGUCGAGAAGGGAGUUCGACCAGGACCUUUGCUGGGACAGCUGAAGAGCGGGAUAGAUGUAGUACUAGCCGAUGGUACUUUAGUGUUGUCCAAAGACGUCAAGACGCCGGAUGACCCUGGGCCUGUCUUUAUAGUUCUGGAAGUGCCAGAAAUCGGCUACCUCUGCGAAGAACAGUUCGCGGCGCACUUCGACAACGGUAAAAACUUACCAGAAAGCAUACCUUCACUCAUCGUCCACUUGUCGCCACCUGAAGUGUUCCACCAUAAGACCUACCAAGCUUUCAUGACGAAAUUCGGCCCAACAACACGUCACCUCAUCCUGAACUCGCAGAACUCGUGUCUGGGCUCUGAAGCCGUCCACCGAACUCAGCACAAACUACAUCUACUGGACCCUGAGGUUUUUCCACUACUCAAGGACCCGAGCAUACCAGCCGACUGGGGAACCCAUUCUCCCACGUACAGGACCAGCAGUCCCACCAAAAUGAAGGGCAUCGAUGAUCUGAAGAAUAGGAUCGCCAUGGCCCAGUUCCAGAAUAUUAUCAACGCGGACAUUAAGGCCAGCCCGCCGAAAGUAACGGCUGAAGAGGAAGAGGGACAAAAAUUGGAAACUUACUCUGCGAGGACGCUGACCAUGUUCCAUCUACGGCCCAAGAGGGAGAUUGACAGAUCGGCCGAGCCAAAGCUCCACGUCCAAGACUACUACCAGGAGACCAUGGACGUGGAGGGCUUCGGCGCUAGCCUCGACAAGUUCCGAGAGGAAGUCCAACACUUGCGCUACUCGAAUAACCACCCCAACAACGAGUAUCCAAAGAUCGUCUUCCUGGGUACCGGCAGCUGUAUACCGAGCAAGACUAGAAAUACGAGCGCAAUUAUUGUUCACGUUAAUGACCAAAGCACCAUACUUCUGGACUGUGGGGAAGGCACCUUCGGACAGCUGGUCCGGUUCUACGGGCCGAGGAGAGUGGACGAACUGCUUAGGACACUGAAAUCUAUUUACAUAUCACAUCUACACGCCGACCAUCACAUAGGUUUGAUAGGAGUAUUGCAAGCCCGCGCGGCCGCCUUCGCCAACGCGCCAGAGAAGAAUGCACCCCUACUGCUGCUCGCGCCUGGCCAAAUUGUAACCUGGCUCACCGUGUACGAUAAACAGUUCGAGAAAAUUGCCGCCGAGUAUACGCUCAUACCUAAUCAGAACAUGAUGGACCCAAAAGAGCCAGGCUUAACACCCGCAGCGCUCGCCAGUAUCGGACUAGACUCGGUACAAACUUGCCUCGUGCCGCACUGCCCUAACGCGUUCGGAGUCGCCAUCACCGCCGCCGGGCACAAGAUCACGUACAGUGGCGAUACGCUGCCUACUGAGCAACUGGUCAAGAUUGGUCAAGACUCGACCAUCCUCAUACACGAGGCGACGAUGGAGGACGAGCUAGCGGACGAGGCGAGGGUCAAAAUGCACUCGACGACGUCGCAAGCGAUAGAUAUUGGACACAAAAUGAACGCUAAGUACACGCUGCUGACGCAUUUCAGCCAGAGAUACGCGCGACUGCCGCGCCUCAACGCGCAAAUACUCAACGAAAACAACGUUGGCAUCGCGUUUGACAAUAUGCAGGUAUCACUGAGCGACCUUCCCCUCCUCCCGCGCAUGUACGCGCCUCUCCAACAUAUGUUCGCCGAGCACUGCGUGGACAUGGAACUAAAGGCCGCCUCCCGCGUGAAGCGGAAGGAAAAACCCUCCAGCAUCAGCCUCUCGGGUACUAGACAAUUUUCCACUGGCAACACUGCUCACACCACAGAUAAUGUAACUAACGAACAGAGUAAUGUAAAAGAGACUGUAGACUCGAUAGCACAGAUAGAGGAUAACAUUGAAAAUGUUGCCAUAGAGUCGAAAAAGCAAACGUAAAAUAGUGUUGCUAGUUGUUGAAUCUGGUUGGCUGUGUAAAUUGUUGAAUUGUUUGAGGCACUGUUUUUAUUUAUAAUAGUAAUAUUUAGCCUUUAUGGAAUUGUGCCUCAUAUCAUAUAAUGUAAAAUUUAGAUUUAAUGUCACUUUAACUGCUUUGU